AAUAGUGUCUCUGCUGCCAGUUUUGAAAUGUUUAAGAACAGUGGAUACACGUGCGACAGGGAAGAUUUUGUGUAUUUUCGUUUUAUUAUGACAAAAAUCACUAAAUGGCCUUAGGCAUGAUAUGAAUGUAUUAUGCCGAUAAUUGCGUACACGGAACAGGAAAACUUUAAUGGUUUCGCGUUGUGCCAACAUCUGUGGUGUGAGUUGGUGUACUUUUCAAACGUUUGUUGUAUAGUGUGUACCACGUCUGUACUAAGGUGUUCCAGGGGGACGCGCGCGGGUGCUGAAUGUGUACGAUAAUGUGCAUGUGAAAAUAAGAACUCGUACUAAACGCAUUGUGUAUGUCGAAACAGCGAUUUAUAAGACCACGAAUCCAUACAGACUGUUGUUCGUGACAGCGAGUUUAACAUCUCAUAUUAAUAACAUCUCGUUUCAAUGCCAAAUGCAUAAGACUUUACUUUCCAACGAAGGAGCCAAUGUAAUAGUGUUACAAAGUACAAAGGAGGCUUUGCGUGUGUUAUUUUCCAGUGUUGGAAAUGUGAAUUAUAUAUAAAAGGAAAUAACAUUCAGGAUGUCACGACAGGAGAAGGGGAAGUCUGCCAGCUUCCUGGACCUUUUCUCUCGGCCAAAGAAAGGUGGACGUGGCAAUGGCAGCCACAUCCCCCGGCCACAUUCAGAGUCGGACUUCAAUGAGAUCGAGGAACAACAUGCACAGUCUAUUGAGGAGCUUGACGAAGAGACCCUCAACAAAAGAUUUGAGGAAAUGCUGAAUGAUAUGAACCUUACUGACGAAAAGAAAGAACCCCUCCGGAACCAACCGACCGUCAAAAAGAAGAAAAUGCUCAUCAUGCAUUCUAAAGGCUUAAAUCAGGAAACCCGCAGCAGGUUUGACAAGCCAGCAGAUUAUAUUGCGUACCUGUAUUCUCCAGAUCUCAGUGUCAACAAGAAGUACAACUGUAUAGAAUCUUUACGUAUUGCUCUCACCAAUAAUCCUCUUAGUUGGGUACAAGAGUUUGGAAAUGAAGGCCUCACACUCUUGCUGCAAAACUUGAAUGACUGUUAUCGAAAUGACAGUCGCUAUGACCGAAUACAGUACGAGUGCAUCAGGUGCUUAAAGGCAAUAAUGAACAAUACUGUAGGCCUGAAACAAGUGUUCACCCACAAAGAAGCCUUGGCAAUCAUAGCUCGAUCACUAGAUCCUCGAAAACCAAAUGUAAUGCUGGAAGCUGUGAAGUUACUUGCGGCAGUGUGCCUGGUACCUCCAAAUGGGCACGACAAGGUCAUUGAGGCCAUUACAAUGAGAGGAGAACUUGAAGGAAAUGGUAGAUUCCAACCCAUCAUCCAGAGUAUGGCUGCCCCCAACAACGAGCAGCUCAAGGUUGCUUGUCUUCAGUUGAUCAAUGCCAUUCUUUCACAAGCGGAAGACCUAGAGUUCAGGCUACACCUUCGAAAUGAAAUAAUGAGAUCUGGUUUUCUUGAUAUUUUGGAGAGUCUACCUUCGGAAGAUGGAGAAUUGGGAAUUCAGGUUAAAGUAUUCAAUGAACAUAAGGAAGAUGACUACGCAGACUUUGUUCAGAGAUUUGACAAUGUCAGAAUGGAAAUGGAUGAUAUAAAUGACUGCUUUGAAGUUGUCAAGAACCUUGUUAUGGACACACCAGCAGAGCCUUUCCUCCUGUCAAUUCUACAGCACUUACUGUUUAUACGAGAUGACACGUUAAUUAGGCCAGCUUACUAUAAACUUAUUGAAGAAUGUGUGUCCCAGAUAGUACUUCACAAAGGUGGAUGUGAUCCAGACUUCCAUGCAACAAAGAGGUUUCAAAUUGACGUGUCCCCACUAAUUGACCAUCUGGUUGAGAAAUCUCAGCAAGAAGUUGAAAGUAGGGUUGAAGAGCUGAAGACUAGACUGGAAGAGGCAUUGGCUCAAAAGCAGGAAGCAGAAGCAAAGCUCAAAUACACCGAAGAAAAAAUAUCAGAACUAGAAGCAAAACUUCAGUCAGGAGGUGGAGGAAAGGCUGGUGGUCCCCCUCCUCCACCACCAAUGAUGGGCAUGGGACCACCACCUCCACCUAUGCCAGGAAUGGGAGCACCACCGCCACCCCCAAUGCCUGGAGGGUUAGGGCCACCACCUCCACCAAUGCCUGGUUCGGGUCCCCCUCCUCCACCUCCUCUGCCUGGCAUGGGAGGACCCCCUCCACCUCCGAUGCCAGGUAUGGGAGGACCUCCACCACCACCUAUGCCAGGCAUGGGGCCACCCCCACCACCACCACCCGGUGGCUUCGCAAUUCCUGCCGCACCCAGGCCUGAUGUCCUCCCACAUGGCCUCAAACCAAAGAAGAAGUGGGAAGUUAGCGGGCCACUAAAGAGGGCAAACUGGAAAGCGAUUAUUCCACAAAAAAUGUCUGAAAAGGCAUUCUGGGUGAAAGUACAUGAAGAGAAAUUAGCAUCACCUGACAUACUGAAUGGACUAGCUGAGAAAUUUUCCUCAAAGCCUGUUGCUAAGAAGGCAGAUGAUGCUGUUGACAAGGGUGGUACAAUGAAAAAAGUAAAGGACCUCAAGGUGUUGGAUGGCAAAGUUGCUCAGAACAUUUCCAUCCUACUUGGUGGCUCACUGAAGCACUUGAGUUACGAGGAGGUGAAGAAAUGCAUACUUCGGUGUGAUGAAACAGUACUGACUGACAGUGUUGUGGAGCAACUUAUUGCAUAUUUACCACCACCUGACCAGCUGAAGAAACUAGAGGAAUACCGCUCGCAAUAUUCAGACCUGACGGAAGCAGAGCAGUUUGCUGUUACGAUAGCAGAAGUCAAAAGACUUCUUCCAAGGCUGAAAUCAUUAAGCUUUAAAUUGCAUUACAAUGAAAUGGUGCAGGAUAUUAAACCGGAUAUAGUUGCAGCCACAGCAGCAUGUGAGGAAAUAAAACAGAGCAAAAAAUUUGCACAAAUACUAGAACUUAUUCUUCUUAUUGGUAACUACAUGAACAGUGGAACAAAGAAUGGUCCUGCUUUUGGCUUUGAGAUAAGUUUCUUACCUAAGCUCACGAGCACAAAGGACGUGGAGAACAAAAUGACUCUUCUCCAUUACCUUGUUACAAUAAUACAGAACAAGUUCCCAGAGCUGCUCACAUUCAAUGAGGAAAUGGAACAUGUUGACAGAGCAGCUCGUGUCUCAGUGGAGAUCUUGCAGAAAUCGCUGAGACUAAUGGACACAAGCAUAAGGAAUCUGGAAACGGAUUUGUCCAAUAGUAAAGUGCCUCAGUCAGAUGAUGACAAAUUUAAUGAAGUCAUGAGUUCAUUUGCAGUGGAAGCAAGGGAACACUGUGCUGUUAUGCAAAACAUGUUCAAGAAUCUGGAAUCUCUGUACUCGGAACUUUCGGAGUACUACGCAUUUGAUAAACAAAAGUACACACUGGAGGAAUUUUUUGGUGAUGUGAAGAAAUUUAAGGAUGACUUCAUUCAAGCACAUCGGGAUAAUGUAAGAUUACGUGAGACAGAGGAGAAGCAGAGGAGGGCAAAGGAAGCUCGAGAAAAGGCUGAGCAGGAGCGAGCACAGAGAGCAGAGCGCAAGAGGGCUCUCAUUGACAUGAAUGCUGACCAAACCCAGGAGGGUGUCAUGGACAGCCUUCUGGAGGCCCUGCAGACUGGAUCAGCUUUCAACCGAGAUCAAAGGCAAAAAAGGCAGAGGAUGAGGGUCGCUGGAGCGGAAAGGAGAGCACAGUUAAAUCGAAGUAGGUCCAGAACGGGUCUUGUUGGAAACUCCCUUGCGGGAAGGGAACUACCAAGUGAGCUGCUGAGUACGGCGUAAAGUCCUCAGAGGGAUGCACAAUUGUCUCCUGGACAGAACUUUUUGAAAGCGCAAUAUAGAUCAACAUGCAGGAAUUUUGUUGAUACAAUAUCGUGCUUCAUAUCAUGUAAUAAGCAAAUCUUUGCAAAAAGUAAUAUUUGUAAAUAAAGGUGUGUGUGUGUGUGUGUGUGUGUGUGUGUGUGUGUGUGUGUGUGUGUGUGUGUGUGU